AUGCAGCAGAUUACGCAAAUUUAAUACCAAAUCAUAUAAUAAAACUUAUACCGAGAGCAGACCAUAAUUAUAGUGAUCAGCACGAAACUCUAAUUAAAACGAUCAAUAAAUAUUUUUCAGAUGAUUUUCAAUAUAUGAAAUUUAAUGACAAAUAUUUAUAUCGUAUUCCCAGAUAUAUUUUUAUUGGUGGUGUAAAAAACUUUAGAGAUUUGGGUGGUUAUGAAUGUAAUUUAGGAGAACAGAAUAAUCGAAUUCAGCAAUUUGUUCGUGAAAGAUUUGUUUUCCGUUGUGGGAAUUUAACGUCAAUUACAAAUGAUGGCAUUGCGACACUUCGAAAGUUAAAUAUUCAAAAGAUUUUUGAUUUAAGAUCAAAUCCUGAAGUUAAUAAAAUGGGAAUAAAAAAUAUUGAAGGAAUAAUCCGAGUACAUGCCCCUGUUUUCAAAGAAGAAGAUUAUUCCCCAGAAAAAUUAUUUGAAAGAUGGAAUUUAAAUAUUAAAGAUGUAGAAGGGUAUAGUAAAGUUUAUAUGACAAUUUUAGAAGAAGGAAAAAAAGCAUAUUAUGAAAUAUUUAAACAUAUAUUAGAACAUCAAGCGCAACCAUUUAUUGUUCACUGUACUGCGGGUAAAGAUCGUACUGGAGUAUUUGCCAUGUUAUUAUUAAAGCUUUUAGGUGUAAAUUAUGAGAUUAUUUCAAGGGAAUAUGAGUUGACACAGAUUAUAAAAGACCCACAGAAAAUUAAAUUCAUUAGUAAAACAAUGAAUAAUAAAUAUGAAGAUGAUGGAAUUAAAGAAAUGUUAAAUGCGAAAUAUGAAUCUAUGAUAUUGUUUUUACGAAAAUUCCAAAAUCAUUAUAAUACAGUAGAUAAUUAUUUAUUACAAUGUGGAUUUACAAAAGAAGAUAUUGAAAUUAUAAAGAAUAAUUUGUUUCUACAUCCAGCAAGUCUUUCCCCAUUACAAAAUAAUCCCUAUCUUAAUAACAGCAUUACGAAGGAUUUUUUGGCACCAAUUGUUGCUGCCCCGUUUCUUAUUCACCUUUCUAAUCUUUUCUAUUUAGAAAAUCGAUUUGAAUAA